CAUGGAAGGUCUCCGCGGCCGCCAUGUUGCUGAAUGAUAUCCUAGCUUCAAAACAUUAAAAAGCGGCUAGCAUUAGCAAUUGUUACCGUUUGAUGGAAUAACACUCAUUUACGAUUUUGACUUAUUGCAAACAUGACUUAGACCCCAUGAAACAAACACAGAAGCUCCAUACGGUAUUGUGGUCACGCAUAGUAACAGUGUCACGCAAUGCACCAUGGAAGUGGAUCACAGAACAUCCAACGACAGCUCCAAAAAUCCAAGUCUCUACCUGGGUCGGAAGCCGAGGAGCAGCAGCAGCAGCAGCAGCUGUCCAUGGCAGCCACGCAACAACAAGCUACAGUUGGCCACCCUCAGUCGCCCGUGACCACCUUCUCUUCCGCCGCCAGCCCUUCGGCCCCUCAGUCCCCCAACUAUCAGAUAAUCAUGAGUCGGAGCCCGGUCACAGGCCAGAAUGUCAACAUCACUCUGCAAAACGUGGGGCUGGCUGCUAAUCAGCAGAUCACUCUGACCCCACUCCCCAUCCAGAAUCCCGCGUCCCCCGGGUUCCAGCACAGUACAUCUCAGUGGAGGUUUGAGCAUGCUCAGUCCCCCUACAUUCAGGUCACCUCGCCCGUACCCCAGCCCAUUCAACCCCAAAGUCCCACUCAUCACAGCCCGGUCUCUCUGCAGGGUGUCACCAGGCCGGGGGCUCCUGCCACGGCCCUGGGAGUGCGUGGACAGAGCCCCACGCGGUUCGUCGAAGCUAGCAUGAUAGUCCGACAAAUCAGCUUAGGCAGCCAACCAGGAGGAGGCCACUUCGUUUAUCAGGAGGGGUCGGGGCUGGCCCAGAUCGGCGCAGCGUCUGGCCAGGUGCAACUUGCGUCUCCGGGAGCACCGGGCUGCGUGAGGGAACGUCGGCUCUCUCAGCCUCAUUCUCAGACCGGUGGCACCAUCCACCACCUUGGACCUCAAAGUCCCGUUGCUACCGGUACAGCACUCCCCACUCUGGGUAGCCCUGGCCACAUCACCACCUCCAGCCUACCCCCGCAGAUUAGCAACAUCAUCCAAGGACAGCUGGGGCGCCCAGUGGUCUUUGAGAAGACCGCACAAGGUGUGGUCACUGGAGUGGGAACCACGGCUACAGCGACGUUCAGCAUACCCUCCUCCAUUCCACCCUCCAGCCCGUCCCUCACCAGUCCGCCGCAGGGGAUCGCCAACAAUCCUCUCGCCCCCAGCAGCAUGACCUCCGCCGCUAUGAAGAAGCAGGCUCCCAAGAAGCUGGAGGAAAUUGCGCCCGCCACUCCGGAGAUCGCCCAGCUGAGAAAGCAGUGCUUGGAGCAUCACACCAAGAAGAUGGAGAGCCUGAAGGAAGCGUUUAAAGAAUACAUGGUUGAACUGUUCUUCCUGCAGCAUCUUCAGGGGAAUAUCAUGGACUAUCACGCUUUUAAGAAGAAACACUGUCACCCCUUGAACACUUACCUGAGACAGAAUGACUUGGAUCUGGACGACGACGACGAAGAAGAGGAGCAGUCGGAGGUUAUUAAUGACGAGGUAAAGGUUGUUACUGGAAAGGAUGGCCAAGCGGUGACGCCGGUCGCCAUAGCAACGCAGCUCCCUCCCAAUGUUUCCGCAGCUUUCUCUGCCCAGCAGCAGUUUCAGGGACAUCAAGGGGUGGCUUCGGGCACCAUUACAAACCCUGGAGACAUGGAUGCCUUUAAGAGGCAACAGAGCAUGGUGCAAACAGAUCAGGCUAAGAGGCCCCGGAUUGACGUGGGUCGCCAUGGGCUGAUUUUCCAACAUCCUGGUGUAGCUCCUUUAGGAUCACCUGGCGUUCCACUUCAGCAGCUCAUGCCGACUGCGCAAGGCGGUAUGCCACCCACUCCCCAAGCAGUCCAGCUCGCAGGGCAGAAGCAGAACCAGCAACAGUACGACCCAUCCAAAGGACCGCCUGUGCAGAACGCAGCCAGCCUGCACACCCCCCCUCCUCAGCUUCCUGGCAGGUUGCCUCAAGGUGCCCUGCCGAUGACGAGCAUACCCAUGGCCCUCUCUCAGCAGGCUCAGUUAGUGGAGAAUUCGACUCAUCCCGGCGUGCAGCUCCCGGGCCAAGUCCAAGUGCAGGCGGGCGGGCCUGUGCUGGCCGCCGUGAACCCGCACACGCAGCUGCAGUCCCAGCUGCAGCAGCAGAUGCAACCAGGUGUUCAUAUUCAGCUGCAACCCCAGCAACAACAAUCCCAGACAAUGCUUCAGUCAGGACAAGCGACCGUGGCACUUGCUCGCCCUGGUGCUGAUCCGAACCAGCCCGUUCAGAGGAUUAUGACCAACUCGGUGUCGCUAACAUCUGUGGUUCCCGCUCUUGUGUCUGCUACCAACUCCAAUCCGGCUCCUCAUACGGCCAGCUCUCUCCGUCCUCCCGGCUCCAACAUCAACCCAGGAACCCCGUCUAAACUGACGGGAACCAAUGGGAUCUCUGCCGUCAAAAUAGGAGGCUUCAGCCAAAACGCAGCCGGUCAGUCCCCACAGGAAGGUUCCCAGGAUAAGCAAGUGGAGCAGGCCAAACUGGAGAGCCAGGUGCACCAGCGCAUCUCUGAGCUAAGGAAGGAAGGUCAGUGGUCCGCCAGCAGGCUGCCCAAGCUGGUGGAAGCGUCACGCCCCAAGUCCCACUGGGAUUACCUCCUGGAGGAGAUGCAGUGGAUGGCGGCGGACUUUGCUCAGGAGAGAAGAUGGAAGGAGGCUGCCGCCAAGAAGCUCGUUCGUACAUGUGCGCGGUACCAUCAAGAACAGAAGAAAAGUGAGGAAAGAUCCCAGAAACAAAGGGAAAUUCAUCUCCGUCAGAUUGCCAGUACAAUUGCUCGAGAGGUGGAGUUCUUCUGGUCAAACAUUGAGCAGGUUGUGGAAGUUAAACUCCAGUUUCAAAUCAAUGAGAAGAGGCUCAAAGCACUCGGCCUACAAAAAGCAACAGCAAAAGAAAAGGUCGAUAAAACGGAGGUGGCCAACUCAGGCAGAAAGAGAAAAUCAAGUUUUUCCACGGGGAACGAAGAGGUUACGGAUGAAGAGGGCACCAUAGAGGAACAGGAAGUCAUGGAAGGAGACACAGACCACAAAGCAGAAUUGAUCGAGCUUGCAAAAGAUGCCGAGAUGUCUUUGGAUGCUUUAAAGAAACAGUAUGCUGGUGCCUAUGCUGAUGACUUUGAGUGGCCUCAGCCGAGUCCUCACACCGAUGAGGGUGAUGUGGAAGAGACUGAAGAAAUGGACUGUGUCCCAAGCAGUCCAGCUGAGGCAGUGGUAAUAGACUCUUUGUUCAGCAUGGACCAACAGCGUGGUGCAGAUAAAUCGACGUCUAACUCUAAUGGGAAGGCUGGCAGAGACAUCGCUGAAGUGGCCGCUGCUACAGAGCUCCUCCUGCCAAAGGGCAGCCUCAGAAUCACCUCGUCUACCCACGGCCCAGCACCCAUUCUGUUGCAUGGAUUGUUGAGAGAAUAUCAGCAGAUCGGUGUGGACUGGCUGGUAAACCUGCAUAAGAAGCGGCUCAAUGGCAUCUUGGCUGAUGAGACGGGCCUCGGCAAGACCGUGCAGACGGUGGCUUACUUGGCCCACUUAGCUGGUCAAGAGGGCAUUUGGGGACCCCAUCUUAUUGUAGUAAGGACGUGCAAGUUGUUGAGUUGGGAGCUGGAGUUCAAGCGCUGGUGUCCUGGCCUGAAGAUUCUCCUUUACCUGGGCAACAGAAAGGAGCGCAGAUGCAAGAGAAGGUUAUGGGAUGACACCAACAGCUUUCAUGUAUGCGUGACAUCAUACAAGCUGCUGAUGAAAGACCAGAGACAUUUUCUGAAGAAAACGUGGAGGCAUCUGGUUCUAGAUGAGGUGCAACUAAUCAAAAACAUGACUCCAAAGCACUGGGAGACUGUCUUUGCUCUCAGAAGUGAGCAAAGGAUCCUUCUCAUCCACACUCCACUUCAGAAUAACCUGAAGGAGUUUUGGACCAUGAUCCACUUCCUGUUGCCAGGAAUCACCAGGCCAUACUCAGACUUUCCUAUUGAAGCAGACACAGACGAGAACCAGGACUACUGCCACAAACUGGUUAUACGCCUGCACAGGAUGAUCCAACCGUUCAUCUUGAGGCGCUCUAAAAGGGACGUGGAGAAGCAGCUCCCUAAGAAGUACGAGCACAUUCUGAAGUGCCGUUUGUCAAAUAGACAGAAGACCCUUUACGAGGAUAUCCUGACGCAGCCUGGGACACAAGAGGCGCUGAAGUCGGGUCAUUUUGUCAGCGUGCUCCAAGUUUUGAUGCAGUUGCAGCGAGUGUGUAACCACCCUGAGCUGGUGGUACCCAGAGAAACCAGCAGCUCCUACUUCUCUCCAUCUCUUCAGUACAAUGUGCCAUCACUGGUUCUCGGAGCUAUUGAGAAAGAUGCUUGCAAGACGGCAAACCUGUCCAUAUUUGAUCUGAUCAAUAAUGAGAACAGACUGACCCGGUACCAGACUGAAGAAGCGGUACCUAAGCUAAAGGUCACUCAGCAGCUCAUUGAGGAAAUCUACACCGGCCCGGAGCAACCGCCCAGACCCAAACCGUGUCCGAUAAAACCCAUGAGGCUGUUCCAGCCAGUGCAGUAUGGCACCAAGCCAGAAGGUCGCUUAGCUGCCAUGGGCAAUGCACUGGGUCCGCGCCCCCCAACAAGCUCUCCCCCUGCAAACAGCUUAGCUUCCACUAUCAGCCAAUCAGGCCAGACCAGAGGCAAGUCCCCUGUUGUUGCCCCGACAACUACGCCCACUUCUCAUGCCAUUGGAACAGCUACUCAGAGAGCCCAGGCUACUCCUACUGUCAGCAGCAGCAGCAGCAGCAACCACAACAACACUGCAUCUUCCUCCAUUGCCUCCUCUGGGAACAGUGGCAAUGGGCAGCAUGGUCUGGGAACUACUCCUUUGGCCUUGGCUCAGACCUUAGCUGGAACAGUUGUAGGCUCUUUGACUUCCCUCAGCCAGGCCGGAGUAACACAGGUCCCAAGGCCAGGUUUAGCCCCCAGCCAUGCCAUCCAGCCCAGUCUUUUGUCCCAGAGGUUGGUUCUUACAUCUCAGGCCCAGGCACGGUUGCCUAGCGGCGACGUGGUGAGAAUUGCCCAGCUGGCCAACAUGGCGGGGGGUCAGAAUCGCAUCUCGCAGCCGGAGACCCCCGUCACGCUGCAGUUUCAGGGGAACAAGUUCACGCUGUCCCCCAGCCAGCUCCGCCAGCUCACCACCGGACAGCCCUUGCAGCUCCAAGGUACACUCGGCAACAUCCUGCAGAUCGUGUCUGCUGCAGGGCAGCCCAUCAUAAGGCCCCAGGGCUCCAUGGUCAUGCAGACAACGCCUCAGACUGUUCCUGCCUCCAGUGCCGCAGCUACUCCCGGCACACAUCAUCCCGCCCUCUCAACAGCUCAGCAAGCAUUGGGUGUGACUACAAAUGCCACAUCAUCCCCAACCAACCUCGCUACUGCAGGUCACGGUUCUUCCCAGGAGGCUUCAGAGGAAAAGACUCAGCAGCUGAGAGAGCGUCUGGGCCGCUUGUUUGAAGCAAACGAGCAGCGCUGUAACCGCAGAGUGUUGUACGGCUCAGACCUCCUGCAGGCGUGCACUCUGAGCUCAGAACCGGCUCACACCGCCCUGACCGCUGGAGGCUGGAGGUGGGUGGGCAGGGAGAGCUGCAUGAGAGCUACCAGCACCUGCGUGGCUACCACUUCUGUGCUGCAGUCCACUCUGCUGACUGUGCAGGACCAUCAUGAAGCUUCCAAAAACCUGAUCAAGAGGCUGACAGCUGUGCUGCCAGCAGCUGUAGCUCCACCUCCUCACCUGUAUGCAGCCAAUCCUGCAGUUCCCUACAGGCUUGAGCAGAAAUGCUUUCAGCAGCGGCUGCUGGAGGCCGCCGAACCCCACCGUGCCGAGAUCCACCAUCUAGCAUCCAGACGUUUCCUGAGGCAUCCUGACUUACAGUUGAUGCAGAUGGAUUCAGGUAAACUGGAAGCUCUUGCCAUUCUGCUGCAGAAGCUUAGGUCAGAGAGUCGCCGCGUCCUCAUCUUUACCCAGAUGUUAAAGAUGCUGGACAUCCUGGAGGCCUUCCUGGAUUACAGGCAGCUCAAAUAUGUGCGCAUUGAUGAAAACCUCACGUUUGAAGAAACACAGGAAAACAUGAGAAAGUUCAACACGAACAGGCAGGUGUUCUGCAGCAUCCUGACCAACUGCUGCUGCUCUGAAGUCGGGACCAUCGUUGACGCAGACACAAUCAUCUUCUAUGACACCGACCUCAAUCCAAGCAUGGACGCCCGCACUCAGGAGUGGUGCGAUAAAGUGGGCCGUUCCAAGGAUAUUCACAUUUACAGGUUGGAGAGUGGCAAUUCAAUCGAAGAGAAACUGUUAAAAAACGGCACCAAGGAGCUUAUAAGAGAAGUAGUUGCACAGGGUACUGACUACAGUUUGGCUUUUCUCACGCAGUCGACAAUCCAAGACCUGCUGGAAGUAGAGGCGGCUUCAGGAGUCAAAGUGGAAGAGUUUGUGGUGCUUCAUCAGGAGCCGUCGGCCUCAGAGGCCAUUUCUCCCAAAGUAGCGAGGCCCUACAUCCAGGCUCUGCACAGCAUAAACCUGGACGGCCAACCUGAGGAGGGAGAGCACCAAGAGGAGGACGCAGGAGGCAAACGGCCGUCAGAGGAGGCGGAGAGCCAAGCUAAAGAAGAUCCUGGCCUGUUGGAGGAGUUGAAUGCAGUCAUGGAUCAGCUUACUCCUAUUGAAAGAUAUGCUCUGCAUUACCUGGAGUACCUCCACAUCAGUGAUGAUGAAGCUGCCCUGAAGGAGAGGUUGGAGUGUGCAAAGAGAGGCUGGGAGCUGCAGCAACUGCAGAAACUGAAGGAGGAGGAGGGGGAGCACCAAAUGACGGACAGAGAGGAAGAUCUCUUCACCUACACCAGGGAAGACGCUUACAACAUGGAAUAUGUUUAUGAUGCAGAGGAUGGGCAUACAGAAAUCAUGCCGGUUUGGACUCCACCCACGCCACCACAGGAUGACAACGACAUUUACAUCGAUUCGGUCAUGAUGCUGAUGUAUGACACCACACCCAUGCCAGAGUCCAAGCUGCCUCCCAUCUACAUCCGCAAGGAGCAUAAGAGACUCAAGAUGGACCCCUCAGCAGCCAGAAAGAAGAAGAAGGGCCACGGGGAGACGGUCAUACCGCCGCGCUCCCUCUUCGAGAAGGCCAGCAUGCUCAAGGUUCGGCGGGAAGGCAAAGACCAGAAGAAGAACUUUUCCCUCAAACAGCCUCCUUUUGCCAAACCCCUGCCGUCCCUGGCUAAGCCUACCAUGGAGGCUGGUCAGGAUAACCCAGAGUGGCUCAUCAGCGAGGACUGGGCUCUGCUGCAGGCCGUGAAACAGCUGCUGGAGUUGCCUUUGAAUCUGACGAUCGUGUCUCCUGCCCACACGCCCAACUGGGACCUGGUGAGCGACGUGGUGAACUCCUGCAGCCGCAUCUACCGCUCACCCAAACAGUGCCGCAACCGCUACGAGAACGUCAUCAUUCCUCGAGAGGAGGGCAAGCUGGUGUAUGAAGCUAACCCUAAGAAGAAGUCCAAGAGCAUAUAUAAGUCUAAGAACAGCCGUCCGUUGAGGACCUGCCAGAUCUACACACAGGAUGACAAUAGUUCACAGAUUCAGCUGUACAGCAGUCGCUUUGAGCUCAUGAAAAUAAUCGCCAGCAAGAGAAGCCCACCAAUCAAACCGCUGCUUGGCAUGAAUCCAUUCCAGAAGAAUCCCAAACAUGCGUCGGUCUUAGCAGAAAGUGGGAUUAGCUAUGACAAGCCCCUUCCUCCCAUUCAGGUGGCCUCUCAGCGGGCUGAAAGGAUUGCCAAAGAGAAGAAGGCCCUUGCAGAGCAGCAGAAGGCUCAGCAGUUGGCCCAGCAACAGGCUGGAGCUCCCCAGGCUCAGGCCACGGCUGGUCAGGCCCAGACGCCCGCUGCUGGCCAGGCUCAGGUUCCACAAGCCGCCGGGGUGACUGCAGCGACCGCCGUGCCCAAUGCAGCAGUACUGGCUGGAGCAAUAAAAAGCACCACUGUGGGCACCACCAUACAGGCUGCCACUGUAGGGGGGAACGUGAUCGUGAACACAGUAGCUGGAAUUCCCCCAAGUCCCUUCCAGGCCAAUAAACGCCUGGCGUCUCCAGUCAUACCGGGCACCCUGUCUCCCGCAGGCGCAGCUGGAGCCCAGGUGGUCCACGCGCAGCAGCGGGCCGUCGCUGCUGCCGCGGCCCCUGCCGAGGUGGUCGCCAUAGCUACAGGAGCAGGUGUGCGAGCCGUAACGCCGGUGACCGCUUCCGCUGUGGGAUCUACCACUCUGAGCCCUGUGCAGUCACAGACCCGCCCGCUGGUCCCUCAGGUCACACCAGCCACAGGCAUCCAGAUGGCAGGCAAGUCCCUUACCCAGGCCCAGCUGCACGUGUUGAGACAGCAGCAGACUACUUCCCCUCAGAUGAAAGCCAAAUCUCAGGAGUUAUUAAAAAUGCAGAAACACAAGGGGCCACUACAGCAGGCGGCUGCAGCGACGCAGGGUCAGCAGGCUGCUGUGGCCCAGCAGACUACCCAGGUGCAGCCCGCUCAGGCUGGCCAGGCCAGUCCCCAGCUAGCAACGGUGGCUGCAGCCAGACCCGGAGCUGUGCUUGCUGCAAACACGCUGCAAGUGACCCGACUGACUCGCGUGCCGACUCAGGGGCAGAUCCAGGCCCAGGCGGGGCAGACGGCUCAGGUGACCCUCACCAAGCCUCCGGUGGUGUCUGUGCCGGCCGUCGUCUCCGCAGUCACGACAAUGUCAGGAAUAAGUGUGGCGAUCAAUCAAGCACAGAAAACCGGGGGCCCAGUGCUGACGUCAGGCUUCCCCCAGAUGCACGUCCAGCAGCUGAUUCCCAUGAAGAAGCAGCAGCACCCCACGGCCAUUCAGGCAGCCGCAGCUCAGCAGAAAGCAGGGCAGCCUCAACAGGGACAGGCCGCCGUGCAGCAGAAGCAGGUGACGAUGCAAGCCGCCCAGUCAGCGCAGCAGCAGAAGGUCACCUACGCAGCAACGACACAGCUCCAGCCUGGAAUCAAAGCCCAGUUCUUCACCACCACAUCCAUUCCCCAGGCCCAAAAACCAGCCGGAGCCCAGCAGAUCCAGGUGGCUAAGCUUCCACAACUAGUGCAGCAGCAGCCCGCCGUGGCCAACAUUCAGCAGAUUGUGUCCUCUUCCCAGCAGGCCCAGCCUCAGACCGUGACCCUGGCCCAGGCGGCCACCUCGGCUCCUGCUCAGGUCCAGAUGAUUCCCACAGGCACAGCCACGGCUCAGGUGGUACAGCAGAAGAUCAUCCCGCAGCACGUGGUGGUGCCCGCCACGCAGAUCCAGCCGCCCAAUCCGCACAGCCCCACCCAUCCGCCCGCGGCCCCCUCAGCCGCAGAGUCCCCCGGCCAGCAGCCCGGUCAGGCCCAGCAACCCACCAAGAACCAAGCUCGCCAAGGGGGCGUCAGGGCCAAGGCCCCCGCCAAGCCCAGCGGGGGGAGCAGCUAGGCGGGCUCUGUGGUGAACCCCCUCGCCGGGUGUUGUUCUGACAAAGAGCCAGUGUCUUAAUGGCAGCAGACGCUUUGUUUACUCUGUUAUCGUAGUCUACCUUCAGUGUUCCUUUCAGAGCCAAUAACCCGUCUGCGCUGGAAGAUCACUGAAGACCUCUCAUUGCUUCUCCUGGCCGCUCCAACCAUCAGAAACCGCGAUCCAUUCUUGAUUCAAAUGUACAUUAUCUGUUAUUAACAACCUCAAGAUGGACGCCGCCAACCACGGCUCGGUCC